AUGGCGCAAAUAUUCCUCGACGUCCUCUACUCCUUUGGGAACUGCCUGAAUUGCUUCCCCGGCUCGCCGACGCUCAAGAUCAAUAGCCGUAACUUCAAAAUCCUCCGGCUCCUGGGCGAGGGCGGCUUCUCCUACGUCUACCUCGUCCAGGACACCCAGACCUCGGAAGAGCUCGCCCUCAAGAAGAUCCGCUGCCCCUUCGGCGCCGAGUCCGUCGCCCAGGCGAUGAAGGAGGUCGAUGCCUACCGCCUCUUCGCCCGGUCGCCCGGCAUCAUCCACAGCGUCGACCACGCCAUCGCCACCGAGCGAGGCGGCGAGCCCGGCUCCAAAACUGUCUACGUUCUGCUGCCCUACUACCGCCGCGGCAACCUCCAGGACCUCAUCAACGCCAACCUCGUCAACCACACCACCUUCCCCGAGCGCAGGCUCAUGCUCCUGUUUCUGGGCGUUUGCAAGGCUCUCAGGGAGAUGCACCAGUACACCGGCGGCAGCGGCGGCGGGCAGCCGGGCGUGGGCAUCGAGAGGAUGGAGAUAGGCAACGGUGAUGAGGAGGACCAGGGCAACGGGCCCAAGAGGAAGAAGAGCGGGAAGAAAAACAAGGGGGGCAGGCGCGUCGCGAGCAUGGCCGCCGCGGCGGGCGCCGAUGAAGAGGACGAGAAUGAGCAGCAGAGGCCACUGAUGGAAGGCGAGACGCCCGGUUCCGGCGACGUAAAGUCGUACGCGCACCGGGAUAUCAAACCAGGAAACAUCAUGAUAGACGACUCGGGCUCGAACCCGAUCCUCAUGGACCUCGGCUCCAUCGCGCCGUCCCCGAUCCCCAUCACGUCCCACUCCCUCGCCAUCGCGACCCAGGACACGGCGGCCGAACACAGCACGAUGCCCUACCGCGCCCCGGAGCUCUUUGACGUGCGUACCGGCACCGUCAUCGACACAAAGGUCGACAUCUGGUCCCUGGGGUGCACCCUCUACGCUUGCCUCGUCGGCAAGUCCCCCUUCGAGGCCCGCUCCGACGAGACGGGCGGUUCCCUCAGCAUGUGCGUCCUCGGCGGCGACUGGCGCUUCCCCGACGAGGGAAUCAAGCGCACCGGCACCAGCGGCGGCAUGAAGGGCAAGGCCGCCGCCACGGCCGACGCAACGGCCUCAGGUGCUGGCGAGGUCAAGAUCAGCGAGCCCAUCCGCAACGUCGUGAGAAAGUGUCUCAACGUCGAGCCCGCCGAGAGGCCGGAUAUUGACGAACUCAUCGACAUGGUCGAAGGCGUCAUCGAGGAGUUGCCUCAGGAUGGGUCGUUGUGA